UGCACCCUGAGCCUGCCCGUCGCCUGCGUUUCUAGAUGGCUCCCGCGAAGAAGGGUGGCGAGAAGAAGAAGGGCCGUUCUGCCAUCAACGAGGUGGUGACCCGGGAGUACACCAUCAACAUCCACAAGCGCAUCCAUGGCGUGGGCUUCAAGAAGCGUGCUCCUCGGGCACUCAAAGAAAUCCGGAAAUUUGCAAUGAAGGAGAUGGGGACCCCAGACGUUCGCAUUGAUACCAGGCUCAAUAAAGCCGUCUGGGCCAAAGGAAUAAGGAAUGUUCCGUACCGUAUCCGUGUACGUUUGUCCAGAAAACGUAAUGAGGAUGAGGACUCCCCGAACAAGCUGUAUACAUUGGUAACCUACGUGCCUGUUACCACAUUCAAAAAUCUACAGACUGUCAACGUGGAUGAGAACUAACCUGCUGAAUGUCAAAUAAAGUUGAGAGCUGACUGCGCUCAGGGUCUGGCUUCCUUUUGUCUGCCCCACUCCUCACUCACUGGUGGAGGUGUUUGGUGCUGUUUAGGGUAGGACACACGUGAGGGUUAUUGUUGGGAGUGGUUUAAGAACCUCUGCGGAUUUCUGUGCUGCCCUGGCUGCCCAGGAACUCCCAGAUCCAUGCACCUCUACCUCCCAAGAUGGGAACUAAAGGCAUGCACUGCGAUGCCUAGCUUGUUGUCUUUUAAGAAGCCACAGUGUUAGGUUCAUUUUAGUUCCGGGUGUAUGUGAGGUGAAGGUUGAGGUUGUGUUGUCUGGGUCCUGGGAAUUGAACUUGUGUUGUUAGCCUUGGCCAUCUAGCCAUUGAGUCCAUUCCCUGCCCUGGAAUAUGCUACUCUUAGGACAGCGUUUGGUUUUUGAGACAGUUGCUCUAUAGACCAGGCUGGCCUAGAAUGCAACAUAGACACACGCCUGCCUCCUUGGUGCAGCUGUUUCGUGGGGUUUUGUUUGUUUAGAAGUCGGUACAAAAGACAGAUUUUUAUUAAAAACCUUGGGGGCCAACAUUGAAAGCAUGGUUUAUACAUGUUUUUGGAAGGACAUACAAAGUGAAUACAACGAAAUAUAUUAAAAUGGUUUCAAUUACCA